AUAGUUCAUGGAUUGACCCUGGCACGAUAACCAUAGCUCUACAUUGAUGUGUGAAGCUGCAAAUGCUUCGUAUAUUCCAGCAUGAAAGAAGGAGAAUUCUCUUACGGCGUUUAUUAUCAACUACCAGAAGUCCUUAUCAAGUCUUAGAUAUACCACAAAGUGCCUCCAAAUCAGAUGUCAAAAAAGCCUACAUAGCGAAAGCCAAAAAGUGUCAUCCGGAUUUGUUUCCUGACAAUGAAAAGAAGACAAAAGAGUUCCAGGAACUGCAAGAAGCCUAUUCCAUCUUGAGUGACACUAAGAAGAAGGCAGAAUAUACUCAAAUGGAGCGAGCUGCUCAUGCACAGGCUUAUGGUAAUCCAAUGCCAAAACAUCCAUUUACCGGCCAUGCUGGAAUGCCCCCUAGAAAUAAUUCUUUUGGUAACAGCAGGUUUACAGGAGCAUCAGGUGGAGCUGGUGGUGCAAGGAAUGAUCCUCUUCAUGAUAUGGUGCAGGAAAUGCUCAGGGCCCAGAGAAAGCAAUAUCAAUCAAAAUUUGGCGGCACAGGUUUCGAAAAAGAAGCCAAAGUAAGAGGGGCACGAUGGGACCGUAUUAUAGCACGACUAGUGUUUGCAUAUAUAGUUCUGUGGAUAUUCUUUGGAAAUCUGCGUCUCUCUGCAUCCAGAAGAAACCGUGAAUCUGACCAGAUAAAUGGCCAAACACCCCUCGACAGUAUAAUGGCAGCCAGAAUGGUGAAUAAUGAUCCGAGGGAGAGGGAGUACUUAAGACGACAGCGAGAAGCUCAGGAAGUCAGAGAACUGAUGGAUCGAUAUGCUGUAAAAGAGAAGAAAGAUGCCAAUAAUGGACUGAAUGGCAUUGUUGAAGAUAAACCUGAAUAAGUUUCAAUUCUUCUAUU